AUGCUGCAGCUGUCCCGCGGCCUUACCCUGGCCCGGGUCCUGUACGCGCUGCCCCUGCUCGCUCUCACCGAGCACCAGUGGGGGCGCAUCGAGCAGGCACAGCGCGUGGCACUACGAGUGUGCCUUGGUGUCCCGAGACACGCCUCAUCGAGGCUGACGCUGGCUGAGGCCGGGGUAAAGACAGUCCAGAACACGGCGGGCGAGCGGGCACUGCGGCACCUCAUUAGGAUGCAAGAAACACCGAGCGCCGCAUCCCUCGUCGCAUGCAUCAGCGGGCGGCGGGCGCAGCUCGCCGACACCUUGACGCGGCUGCUGGACAUCGCGGGCGCUCCAGUCCGCUACACGGCACCUCCUCCGCCGAAUGAACCGCCAGUCGUGGUUGCUGAGCUGUUGGUGAGCAUCCUGAGUGCCAAGAGGAACGUCCAGCCAACAGUGGCACGCCAGCUCACAGAACAUCACUGUGACGAGCGCUACCACGGCUGGGCACGCCUCUACACUGACGGCUCGGUGCGCGACUCCACCAGGACGGCGACAGCAGCGGCGUUCCGCGAGGACACAGGGAGGACCGCUGCAGAGCGCCUGACGUUCCAUGCCUCAUCGACCACGGCAGAGCUCGCGGCGCUGCAGCUUGGCCUGCGCCUCCUCGACGAGAACGAGCCAGCUCGGGUCGUCGUACUGGCGGACUCGAGGGCGGCGCUGGGCCUCCUCCGCUCCCCGGACCGUUCACCGCAGCUGGCCAGGGAGGUGGUGGCGCGCGUGAGUGAGCUUCAGGUCAAGGGCUGGACCAUCGCCUUCCAGUGGCUACCGUCACACUGCGGAAUGUCCGGCAACGAGAGGGCGGACCAACUGGCUGCCUGGGCCCACGACGACCCUGGAUGCCCCCUCUCGCCAGUCCCGCCGUUCGCGGACGCACGUCUGCUUGUGCGGCAGCGAGUCGCGCUGAGCCACCCCGAGCUCGAGCGCGGACCGCUUCCUCCCAGGCUCCCCAGGCGGCUGACGAGGGGCGUGGCGGCCGACCUGCACCGCCUGCGUACCGGCUCCAGCUUCACACCCGCCGGACGCGCGAGGUGGAGGACCGACCGCGAUGACAGCUGCGGGCACUGCGGCGCCCACGGAGAUGCAGAACACCUGAUGUGCCAUUGCCCGCGCUUCUCAGACGCGCGGGCGAACUUGAGGCACGCAUACGGUGCCCUCGGCUGGCCCAGCGACACUCUGGACGAGUUGCUGCGACCCGGGCUACCCCGGGCCGGGACAGAGCGGGCGCUCCGUGCGCUGGCCACCUACUUGGUUAGCACCGGCCUCAAAGAUGUGAUGUGA